GGAGGCCUACGAGCAAGCGGGAGGAGGAGAAAGGUGGCUUCGCUCCAGGGUCAGAGGGAGGGGGCUUGCAAGCAGACGGAGGGAGGAGACACAACGGGGGAGAGAGAGAGAGAGAGAAGCAGCAGCUUGGCUAGCUGUACGGCAGCCCCGGGGAAAAAGCAUCAACAACUACCAGCCAGCGAGCCCACCAUCUGCAGCAGCGUCAGCUCUACUUGCGGCUAGCUCCUCCUCCUCGGAUCCAAGAGGCCAAAUCUUUGCAGGCAGCAUCGUCAAGCCGCAGCGAUGGGAGUGGAAGGUUGUACCAAAUGCAUCAAGUACAUGCUUUUUGUCUUCAAUUUUGUCUUCUGGCUGGCAGGAGGCAUCAUCCUAGGUGUGGCUCUGUGGCUUCGUCAUGACUCUCAGACCACAACUCUCUUGGGAGUGACACUAAAUGACAGCAAGGCUCCAAACACAUUCUAUGUUGGAAUCUACAUCCUGAUUGCUGUUGGAGCAGUGAUGAUGUUCGUGGGCUUCUUGGGAUGUUAUGGUGCUAUCCAGGAGUCGCAGUGUCUUCUGGGAACAUUUUUCACAUGCCUCGUCAUCUUGUUUGCUUGUGAAGUGGCUGCUGGAAUCUGGGGAUUUGUUCACAAGGAUCAGAUUGCCAAAGACAUCAAACAAUUCUAUGACCAGGCAUUGCUCCAAACAAAGGAAAAAGAUGAGAACACAGCAAACAAGGCAAAAGCCGUUGUGAAAACCUUCCAUGAAACGCUAAAAUGCUGUGGACCAACUUCCCUAGAAUCUGCAGUCAUUCUGGGAAUGGAUCCCGAGGUCUGCCCCAAGGAUUUCAGCGUCUUGGGUAUUCUUAAAGAUGACUACAGCUGUUACAACAAAAUUGAUGAGCUGUUCUCUGGAAAGCUGUACUUGAUUGGUAUUGCUGCCAUUGUGGUGGCUGUUAUCAUGAUCUUUGAAAUGAUCUUGAGCAUGGUGUUGUGCUGUGGCAUCCGAAACAGCUCCGUCUAUUGAGAAGUGGAAGGGCAGAGGCAAGAUGACGGUGCCGAAGGGACCCCCAAAUGCCACUGUCUGACCAGGAGACACUUCCAACAAAAGACAAAGAAAAUUAUGUAUAUAAAUAUUUCAGAUAUUGCCAUACAGUACUUAUUCAUUCUUACUUGGAAGUCUUUUUUUUAAAGGGGGGGGAGUUUUCCAUAUAUUUGUUGCGGAGUUAGUUACACAUCAGUAGGUGUGCUAGAAAAGUUAUCAUGCCAGUGGUUCCAGGCCUUGAUCAGAGAGCCUUUCUUUCACUUUCACUUCCUCUUGUCAUUGGUUCUGUGUUGUCACCCUGAAAUUCAACAGGAUAUUAUGCACAGGUACCACCCUUUCUGUGAGGAGCAUGGACACUCUUGCAUUUUUUAUUUCGCUCAUGAGUGACUGGAGAAGGGGCCCUAGAGUAUCCCUUUUUGACACCUGCCUUGAUGAUAAGCAAUCUGGACCUGUUCAAAAUCUGUGAGAGUGUAAGGCUGCAAGAGUCCUUUGGAGGAAGAUGUCCUUUUCAGUGGUGCUAUUAUGUUGUUUAAAAUGCAAAUUUUUAUUUCCCACAACCCACCCCCACUCCUUCAGCAAUGAGUGAAGAGACUUUUCAUUGUUCUUAUAAAUCUAUUACCUUGAAAGUCAUUGUGUGCGAAGGCCAACUAUCUGAGAAUCCAGAAGUCCUCACAAGGUGUCCAUUUCACAGCAGGGAGAGUUUAACCCUUAAUCUGAUCUUUAAUUUUGAUCUGACACUUAGCAUACAGAUUUUUCCUUUUCCUUUUCAUCUAAAUAGGCCUGGUACUGGAAUACUAAAGCUUGCUAUACCUUGCUCUAAAACUAAACUCCUUUUCAUGAUUAGUUCUGAAAUGUAAGUAUUGUUUGUUGUCAUUUUCUUGGUAACUGCAUAGCAUUCAAAUGAUGCCAAAAAGUAUCUAUUGAAGGAAAUCAUUUAAAUAAUGGUUGGAAACUUAUUCAUUAAAGAUACCGUUUUUAAGGAGGCACUUGUCCUUGUGCCUUUUUUUAAACUUGAGGUUCUAAAGCUGGAUAAAUGCCAAUUAUAAUGGUACAUAGGUAUGACUUUUCAUAUAGAAUUUGUAACAUGAUCUCAUUUUCAAGAAUUAGAAGUGAAAGUAUAGCAAGUCUUCUGUGCUUUUUAAGUAAAGCUAUAUUUCAAUUCUCAACCCUCAUCUUAUCACAUCUGAGCUGCAAAUACAUAACCCCUUUUGUUUCUCUUGAGUUGACAGCUCAAGCAAUUUCUUUCCUUUCACCUAGUUGAGUUUUAAAUCCAGUUGUUCCACCCCCACCUCCCAAAAUGGUUCCCUCUAACAGAGAUUCCCAUAUGUUGUUGACUACAACUCCCAGUAUCCUUAGCUAUAAUGGCUUUUGCUUGGGGAUUCUGGGAAUCCUUGUUAGAGGGAAAACUGGUUGCAGAUUGAAAAUGAGAGUUUGGAGCAAGAGGCCUUGAAGCUUAUUCUCAUGACCAGGUGAAACCAGGCUAAGGGAGCCUAGCCCAGUUUUGCCUGGUCGUGGGCUGCAUCGGGAGCCACGCGGCUCUUGGCAGCAAGCCUCUCUAAAUGCCCCUCCCCUUAAAUGAGGUUGGUGGAGUGUGCGCUCCGCUAAUCCCAUUUAUUGGAUCGUAUGUCGCCACAGUGUGGUGACUCAAAAGGAGACCCCCGACUGGGAGGUGGUGUUGGGGGGGGGUCCCCAGAAUGCCCCGCAUACUCGCACGGGGCAUUCUGGGACUUCCGAGGGCCAGGAGGCCCCCGAUCCCCACCAGCCCAACCGGUUUCAUGAUGGAGGCAGUAAGUGUGGACGGCCAAUUUGGCCACGCAGGGCGAAUGACUGCUCAUUUGCGGGGAGAGUAGGCCGAGCCCAUUCUCCCCACAAAUCCCCUCACGGCUCUCCACGCUGCGAGUACGCUGCUCUCCAUGCUGCUCUCACGGCUCUCCAUGCUGCUAGCCCAGGUUCCACUAACCUCUUUGCUAUUAUCCAAUGGCCAUGUCCACAGGUGUGUGUUGUUAUUUGUUUUGUAACACAGGAUUUAGCAGCAUUGACUAGCCCUAUAGUCUAGUCUCACCAAGGCACCAUCAUGCUUGCUGCCUCAGGCAGCAGAUUGGUAGGGAGAUCCUCCUACACCUUCGCAGCCUCCACCAGCCCCCAAUCUCCCAACCCAGCAACAACAUACCAGCCACCACUGCUGCUGCUCCUCCUCCCAUUCCCGCAUCUUCAAAAGGCAGAAGGAAAGUGUUUGCUAUAUCUUGCUCAAAAACUAAACUGUUAUUCACUGAUUCCUUCCCCUCUUGUCUUUUCAAAAUGUGUGAGAAGCAGCAGCAGCAGUAGCACACCACAAGGUAAGCUGGCGGGGGGCUGCCAGAGGAGAUGGGGGUGGGGAUCAGUGCAGUGCUGCCUCAAGUGAUAGGGGUUGAGUGGGAUUGGACUGCCCCUGGUUGCAGAGGUAAAUUGAUCUUGGUUUUCCUCUGCUGUUCCCCCUAGCUGCAAUAAAUUCUCCGAGGUAAAUUAUUUGAGAACAACAAGGGCAUAAGCAGAAGGGACACACAAUGCUAUUCCAGCAAUAGUUGAAAAGCUUUUAGUUCUCAUUUGGAACUCUGCUUAUAUGAACUCCUGGACUAGCUGUGUUUCCAAUUCAUAAAUUGAAGUAAAGCCAGGGACUCUGCGCAAAUGUACUCUUAGGGCACUUUCAAGACAGUUCAGGAAACACACUGGUCAUUGUUUGGGUCCCCCACCCCACUCCCUUUCCCAUUCUGGCUUGGCCUGCUGGCCUUAAAAAGCUGCACCAAAUCAACCUGUAUUAUUGGCUAAGUUAGCAGUGUCUCAGUCUUACAGAAAUGGUUGUGGGGAGGGGGUCAACCUCUUUUAGCCUUAGAAACAGCCUUAAAGCAACACUGCCCUGAAUGUCAAGCUUUGCAUGCACUAGAAACAGGAAUUGAUUCCAUCUACCCACUCUUUAAAGGCUUUUGAGUCACAUGCUCCAGUAUAAUAGGCUAGAUGUACAAUUUUAGAUAUCAGUUGUGCAUGUACAUUUAUUUACAUAUAUGUGCAUUGGGGUUACCAGUGUGCAGAAUGGAUGUGUAACUCGCUGCCUUUUGUUGAGUGUCCUUGAGAAAUGUAUAUAAAUACACCACUAUACAUUCUUGGUUUCAGUUUUUUCUACACCAUAUGUUUGAUAUUGUUCAGCAUUCAGCUGAUGAUGUAUUAGCCAGAGCUCUGUUGGAAGAUUCCCUGGUCUGUCCUCUAUGAACUGAACAUGGAUGAAGUACGUUCUGAAAAACAUCUGCUAUAAGCACAGGUUAUGCUGUUAGGAUGGUGUUUUUGUAGAUGGUCAGAGUAGAUGACUAUUGAGCAACACUGAGCAUUGCCUCAGAAUGGGCAAGAGGAAGGGGGGAGAGAAGCAUUUGACCCAGUUCUCAGGGGGGUUGUCUUAUGGACAAGGAACAAACUACAUGUUGCAUAAAAAUCAGUUUAACAAAGCCUUGACUUUUUCUUUCUUUAAGGAAAGCUGUGGAGCGUGCAGUUUUAAGGGGAGGAGAAGCUGGAAGGAAGAGGUACUUAAGAAGAGUACAUGCAUAUCUGGAACUUUGCAGCAAGGACAAAUGGGAGGGGGGAUAACAAUUCUGAACAGGGAAAAAUAGCAAGAGAAUUAUUAAAUACCCUCUCUUUUCUCCCUCCCUUGCCUCUCUGCUGAUCCAAACCACUCUCUGGAUGCUGGUUUUCAUCCUUCCUUUCUUUCUUUCUUUCUUUCUUUCUUUCUUUCUUUCUUUCUUUCUUAAGUUGAGGCUUUGCUAAACUUGUUUGCAUGUAAUAUACUGUUAACCACCUAGAAAGAGGUAAGCAGUAAGAGCUGAAAAGUGCUCAUGGUGUCAAAAAGUGUUGCUUUAGUGGUCAGUAAGCUGUGAAAACUAAAUAGAACCAAUACUGCUGGACCACUGAAGGCCAGGAAUGUUGGCUGGCACCUUUGUGAUGUGCUCAGAAAUCUUGGGGAAGAUCUUAAGAGCACAGAGAGGUUCUCUGAAACAGGCAAGGAUAAUGUAUGGAUUAGUCUACAGAAAUGGUGACAGCAUCGUAAAAGCUGUUCAUGGGCUGUCCCACUUUUAGAUUGUGGGGAAUUGUAUGACUGAAUGCCCCACCCACACCUGAUUUGUCCUUCUCAAUUAGACAUUGAGAAGAGAUCUGCUUUAGGCUUCUUCCUUCCUUUUUGGUAGAUCCUUGUGUGCUGGGUUUCUUUCUUUCCAAGGCAGAGCAUGCAUGUACACUGUCUGAAGUAGUACAGCUCAUGUACUGUGUCAACUGGGUUUAUUUCAGUGCCAGUCAUGACAGGAUCUGUUCCCGUUUUCCUUUGCUUUGUUGUCUGUCUGAACACAACCAAGGAACUAGAGAAAGAAAGUCUGUGUUAGCAUCAGAAUUCCAUUAUAGGUUGAUGAAUUGCUUAAAUAUAUUAACCCCAAUGUGCAUGCCAUAUGAUUUUGCUUUAAGAUGAGAAUCCUAUACAUACAUUGGAGUAAAUCCCAUUGAACAUAGGGACUUGAUUCCAAGUAAACACAUGUAUGACUGCUCUGUAAAUGUGCCUAAAUAGGGAUUGGUGAUAUGGAGGGCCACUCUUCAAAUACAGUAUGGCCCCAUUAUUUCAGUGAUGAAGACCUGGGUUAUAGAGGCCUGUUCCUUAAGUUUGAUGAAGAGGGAAGAGAAUUCAGGACUUGCACAGAUGCUCCUGUGUGAAGCAAACUAUCAGAAUAGCUUUUAUUGCUGCAAGCAAUAGCUUACCUAAUAACAUAUUUACCAGUACUGUGUGAAGCAUUGUCUUCACAAAGACAGAUCUGAGGUUAACAAAGAAAUAUUUUAUUGUUUGUAGUUCCCAAAGAAAAUCAGUUGGCAGUGUUGGGCUCUGUGGUAUAAUUAUGCAGAAAUGCUUAACUUUUGAAGAUGGCUAUGUUGUGGAAGAAAUUACAGAGAGACUUCUUCUGAAAGUACAGCAUUCCUUUUGAGGCCAUGGGGAAGGCCAACCAGAGCUGCUGACCACAUUGUGCUGAAUGCUUAGGAUUGUUUUAUACUGUGGAGCAUGCCACAAGCUGUAUGUGUGUGUUAACUACCAUUUCUUCUCUGCCUUUUUGUCACUUUUUAAAUGUUCCUCUUAGCGUGUAUUUUGUGAUGAAACCCUAUGUCUCCUACAGCCAGUAAAUCCUAACACCUGAAUGCUUCACCUGUCAACUCUCCAUAGCACUGGCAAAGCCAGCCUUGGGAAUGGAGAACAAAUGGCAAGGCAGCCCAGGGAAGAGUGGGAAAUGACCCUUGUCGAUUGCAGUGAUUAUCGGCCAGCCGAGUCCUGCUAUGUUCAGAGGAAAGCCAUGAAGGAACUCAUCACUGCCAAAAAAGAUGGGGCUUAAAUUAAGGUAACAAAAUGAGCUUCUGAAAAGCAAAGUAACCUGUUCCCAACUAGCCUAAUGGGAGAAGUAGUCUGUCUUGAGGACGUGCUACAAUUGCCCAUUCUAGCUACAGGUUGCCACAGACCCAUUUGCCGUGAGUGAGAACAGGCACUCCUACAAAGCUGUGAACCUACAACAGCCUUGGCUCUAUCUCCAUCUUGCCUACAGCAAACAGUCUGGCCUUGCAACUUACUCUGGUAGUUGCCUCCAGCAAGGGUAAGCAGGGGAGCGUGACAUGCCCCUGCCUCUCCGCUCCCGCCCUUCUCUUGCCCUUGGCUGUGCUUAUGCGCUGAAAUGUCCUCUUGCUAUUGUCUUGCUUGUUUUAUCAUGAAUGUUAAAGGAAUCUGUCAAAAUAACUUUUUUAAAAAGUGAUAUAUGAAAACAAUUAAACAUCCAAAAAGCUA